AUGCUUCACGGUUGUCCAACCCCGCCGCCUACUGCAUCGAGCAUCCACGGCCCGCCUCGUUUCCUCUCUCGAGUAAACCACACGCCACCAUUGUACAAGCGUAUGGGUGCUUCCAAACCGCUACACACUCCACCGUUGGAGUUCACGCCCAUUGGACAGAACCAGUUUCGAUUCACGCGAGCGCAGUCGAUCGAGCGAUCCUCGCGGCCCUCUAGCGUCUCCGGACAUGCGUAUGCCGGCACAACUCCUCAAGAAACCGAAUAUGAAGAGAGCUCGGAAGAAGAAAGCGAGGACGAGGACGAGAGACCCAUGCGACGGGUAGAGGAGGCCGACUUUGAACUUGAGGAGGUCGACAGCGAUGAAAGCGAAGAUGAAAACCUGGAAGUCGUGCAGCCAGACCAUUGCGAGGACGCGAAGAGCGACAUAAGCGCCGCUGCACUAGAAGCCACCGGGGUCAUGGACCAGUUGAGAGAACUGCAUGUCUCGGAAGGCUCCACCGACGAGGAGGCCAAAGAGCGCAGAUACGUGCACAAGAAGAAGAGAUGGAGCGCGGGAGUCUUCAAACGUACCCACAGUCAGAGUGUCGAAGGCGACAGCAGCUACUCUGACGAUGAUCCCCAAGACGAUAACAAACCCGAGGCGCGCCGUCUGCGCCGCAAGUUGCGUGGACCUGGACCGUGUGACAGGCGAGGCUCCCUCAUCUUCGAGGACAAGGGAUUCCCGAAUACCAAUAACAUCGAGGAAGUGGAAGAACCAGAGGAGGGAGUCGUGAAACACACCAAAGGCCCGCCAUCGAUCCCCAGUGAUGACGCGUUCACACUAGAUGAACUCCCUUUCUGGCGAGGGGCUUACGAGACCAUGGAGGUCGAAAAUGAUUCAGAGUAA